AUGGCCGUCGAACGGUUGUCCUCCAUCUUCAACCAGCUGAAGCCCGUAGGUAGCUCGGGGGUGUCCGCUAUCACCCAGAAAAACCCCGACGAUGUGGUCAUCACGCUGGCGAUACGGACUCCCAUGGCCAAGGCGAACAAGGGCGGAUUCAAAGACACCAGUCUCGACUACAUGGUCUAUGCGCUGCUGAAGGAGGUCGUUGCGCGCUCCAAGCUGGAUCCUGCCCUCAUCGAGGACGUCGGCGACGGCAAGGCUGCCUACAUUGUCCGCGCUGCAGCCCUCGCGGCUGGAAUCCCUCACACGGCGGGCGCCAACUCGGUGAAUCGGUUCUGCUCAUCCGGUCUGAAAGCGGUCCAGGACAUCGCCAACCAGAUCCGCCUGGGGGCGAUCGACAUCGGUAUUGCCGUGGGUGCUGAAUCGAUGACGAGCGGAAACCGCGGCCCCAACCCGUUCCACGAAGAGAUCAUGAAGAACCAAGAAGCCGCCGACUGUAUGCAGCCGAUGGGCCAGACGUCGGAGAACGUCGGCGACGACUUCAACAUCACCCGCGAGAUGCAGGACAGAUACGCGGUCGAGUCCUUCCGCCGCGCAGAGGUAGCCCAGAAGGCCGGCUGGUUCGACGACGAGAUCGUCCCCAUCACGACCAAGGUCAAGGAUCCCAAGACGGGCGAGGAGAAGACCGUCACCCUCACCCGCGACGAGGGGCCGCGGUACGGAACGACGUUCGAGGCGCUGAGCAAGAUCCGCCCGGCCUUUCCGCAAUUCGGGACCAAGACGACGGGUGGAAAUGCCAGCCAGGUGACUGACGGAGCCGCCGCAAUCCUCCUCAUGCGCCGCUCCAAAGCCAUCGAGCUGAACCAGCCCAUCCUGGCCAAAUUCUGCGGCGCGACCGUCGCUGGCGUGCCACCACGGAUCAUGGGCAUCGGCCCGACGGCCGCGAUCCCGAAACUGCUGCAGCAGUUCAACCUCAGCAAGGAAGACGUCGACAUCUACGAGAUCAACGAGGCGUUCGCCUCCAUGGCCGUGUACUGCCUCAACACGCUGGGCCUGGACCACGAGAAGGUCAACCCGCGCGGCGGCGCGAUCGCCCUGGGCCAUCCGCUGGGAGCGACGGGCGCGCGCCAGAUCUGCACCAUCCUCAGCGAGGCGCGGCGCACGAAGAAGAAGAUUCUCGUUACGAGCAUGUGUAUUGGUACGGGGCAGGGGAUGGCGGGGUUGUUUGUCAAUGAGCAGCUUUAA